UGUAAUAUUAAAUCCUUCAUUUAAUUUUUUAAACAGUGUCAUUUAAGAAAUGUCAGAUGACUCCAGCUGUAUUUGUUUCACUUUUCUAGGACAGAUGUGACACACAGGGAGAGCAGCAGCAGCUCUGAGAUCAGUUCUGCUGCAGUUUUAUUAGUUUCUAUAAACAGUUUCCGAUUAAUGUGACACGUGGUUAUUAAAACAAGACUUACUGACUUUAAUCAGAUUUAGUAAACUGUGACAGACGCAGUCCACGUGGCAUGCGCCACCCUGACCGGCCGCAGGGGGCGCUGUGGCCGCUCAGCGCAGAGGAUUGUGGGUCGGAGGAGGCAGCAGCGAGCAUCAUCAUCAUCAGGCCGGAGCGGGACUCUUCUGACCGGACUUGUAGCUGAGCUGAGAGCCGUUCCUCCGCAGUGAAGUGCCUUAACAGCGGGAGAGAUGGGACACGGAGACCUGAUGAGCCAGGCGGAGGAUGUAGCCGACCAGUUCCUGCGGGUCACCAAACACUACCUCCCCCACGUGGCCCGGCUCUGCCUGGUCAGCACCUUCCUGGAGGACGGCGUCCGGAUGUGGUUCCAGUGGAGCGAGCAGAGCGAGUACAUCGACUCCACCUGGAGCUGCGGACGCUUCCUCGCCAACGUCUUCGUCCUGCUCAACCUGCUGGGACAGCUGGGCGGCUGUGUGUUGAUCAUCAGUAGAAACUUUGUUCAGUAUGGCUGCUUCUCUCUGUUCGGGAUCAUCGCCCUGCAGACGGUGGCCUACAGCAUCCUGUGGGACCCAAAGUUCCUGAUGAGGAACCUGGCACUGGGAGGAGGUCUGCUCCUCCUCCUGGCGGAGUGUCGGGGGGAGGCUCGCAGUGUGUUUGCAGGCGUGCCGUCUCUCGGUCAUCAGAGCUCUCCGAAACACCUCCUGCAGCUCGGAGGUCGAGUCCUCCUCGUCCUCAUGUUCAUGACGCUGCUGCACUUUGACCUCAGCCUGAUCAGUGUCCUGCAGAACCUGGUGGGCUCGGCGCUCAUCGUGCUGGUGGCGGUGGGCUUUAAGACGAAGCUGGCUGCGCUCACUCUGGUGGUGUGGCUGCUCUGCAUCAACUUCACCUUCAACGCCUUCUGGAACAUCGCGUCGUACAAACCCAUGCACGACUUCCUCAAGUACGACUUCUUCCAGACCACGUCAGUGAUCGGAGGCCUGCUGCUGGUGGUGGCGCUGGGGCCCGGGGGCGUGUCCAUGGACGAGAAGAAGAAGGAGUGGUGAGGAAGAGGAACUGAUGCUAAAAGAGGAGAGGAAGAGGAGGAAGAAAAGAUGGAGGAUUCAACACUGUGCUCGAGGCAGGGCAGUACAGAGUCAGUACAGCAGGAAAGCUUUUAUUUUGAAAAACAGUCGCAAUUCUAUAAAAAAAAAAUGUAAAUGUUCCCAAACAGCCAAUAAGAGCCCGUUCAGACCUGAUGUCACCAUGAUGACUGAUCCAAUCAGUGUUCAGCUCUCACAGCUGACGUUGACAUUAACAUGUAUCUCACAUCCAUCACUGAGACACACAGACUCCAUGUUUCUACUCAGAGACAGAAAGAAGUUCAUGUAGAACAUUUGCUGAAUUAACAAGAAGGUCCAAAUAAUGCAGAAUGAGUCAGAGACAGAGUUUCACAGAGUUUAUAAAGUGUCUCCAACUCAACAACUCACUAAACUGACACAUUUGUCAGUGGAGUCUGGUGCUGCUGUGUUAGUAGCUCAGCGUUCACAGACAGCUGCUCAACAGCAGGUUCAGAGAAAACUGAUGAUUCAUCAAAGAUUAAACUUAAGAACCACAAUUUUUAGAUCGUGACAAAUCAAAAGAUAAAAUCUAGAACAGUUUGUGAGCAGCUUUAAUAGAUGUGAGCCGGCUGUUUUUCCUCCUCCUCCUCCUCCUCAGUCUUCACAGUGACCAAUCAGAGAGCCUGUGUGGGUCACAUGGUGUGUGUGGUUCACGGCUGCUGUCUUCAUGUGUGAUCUCACAGACGCUUUCAUUUGUUCGGUUUUUAUAAAGUUUAUAUUUCAGCUGUAAUGAUGGUGAUGAUGAUGAUGUAAUGACUGAAGGUGUCCAGCAGGCGGAGAUGUUCACACACAAACAAACACAUUCAGACGGUUUUAAUAUGAAUUCUGAUUUUUAUUUUCACUUCCUGUGUGUUGGUCCAAAGACAAGCAGCCGUCAGUCGGUUCUGUUCUGAGUCUUUAUGACGUGAAAUCAUUUUCUAUCAUGUUUUUGUAGCAGAUGUUUAAUAAAUCGGUGCAGCAUUGUGAAACUUC